UUAACUUCUGAACAAUUAUUUGAAAAGACUAACACAAUACAGAUAAUACUUCGUUUUGAUCAUAUGGGUAGAAGCAGAAUCAUCCAUUGUAAAAAUGCAUUACACACAGGUAAAGGGUUUUCCAGAAUUUUGAGGUCAACUUUGGGGGUGCGUAUUAUACACGGGUGCGCAUUAUACACUUGAAAUUACGGUACAUUCACUUUCAAGUUUAUUGGACUUCAAUUUCAAAUUAUACUAGUCAGAAUUUUUUUUUAAAUGCAAUGUUUCAAACUAAACAAUGCAAAUUCAAAUUAUGUUGUCAAAUUCAAUUUUUGAAUGCAAUUAUUCAAUUGUAGAAAUUCAAAUUCAAAUAUAAAUCAUUCAAAUUCAGUUCCUGCUGGCACAUAUUUCAGCCCAUCCAAAACCGCAAAAUAAGUGAUUGGGUGGUACAGUACACUUCUCACAUAGCUUUGGCUGGAACCGAGUAAUAGUGACGAUUAGCCAUCAACUUUGAAGAGCAAAUCAUCAGGCAAAUUAGUAAGUGUUAUAGAGGAAAGCACUGAAAUAUACUAUAACGCUAGACAGCUGUCUGUCUGUCUGUCUGACUGAAAGGGACAAUGCACAUUAAUGAACACCAGUACAAUACUUGUGUAACUAUGCUGAAGUUAGCAUACAGCUAAUUUACAUUCUUAGUCCCUUGGCAGGUGACUUAGAACAUAGACAGGACAUAUCAACAAGUACAGAAAAUCAUUCAAAAAGUCACAAUUUCUCAUGAAAACAGAGUGUAAGAUGCCUAACUUAUGAGUGCAAGUUAUAAAGUUCUUUCAGUACUUUUCAAGUGCUACAGUUUCUAGUUAUUAUUUAUAAAGAAGUAACUUGGAACUGAAAUUGCAGGAAAGUCCCGAUGUGUUGGUGCUCUCCUGCCGCUUGGGGACGAACAAGACGCGCUCUUCGUCCUCUUCAUCCUGGCCUACAUCCACAUCGCUUUCUCUCGCUCGCCCAUCAACUGCUUAGAGGGCGUGAGGGAGCGCUGGCCUCGUGACGGCAUCCUGCGCGUGGAGAUCCAGAGGAACUCCAGCCGGCCGCCCGUCUUCCUGCAGUUCUAUGACUCGGAGGAGGAGGGCGGUGGUGGCGGAGGAGCCAUUGCUGGUCUCAGUCUGGCAGCGCUCCAAGAGGAAGAAGACGACGAAGAUGAGGAGAUGAUGCUGGACAUGAUGGACAACAGCUCAGUGCAGUUUGAGCUGGACCUGGAGCCUCGUCUGAAGCCGUCUCUGAUCGGACGGGCGGGAGUAGUCGAGGGAGGAGCGGGAGGCGGGGCCAACGACAGCCGGGACGUUUCCUUCAGUCACAUCGCCAAAGCCUGGCCGCAGGAGGAGUACAUGGUGGAAUAUUCCCUGGAGUACGGCUUCCUCCGUCUGUCGCAGAGCACGCGGCGGAGACUCAAUAUCCCCGUCAUGGUCGUCACUCUGGAUCCCACCAAGGACGAGUGUUUCGGCGACAGCUUCAGUCGCUUCCUGCUGGACGAGUUUUUAGGUUACGACGACAUUCUGAUGUCCAGCGUCAAGGCGCUGGCGGAGAACGAGGAGAACAAGGGCUUCCUCAGGAACGUGGUCUCCGGAGAACAUUACCGCUUUGUCAGCAUGUGGAUGGCCAGAACCUCCUACCUGGCCGCUUUUGUCAUCAUGGUCAUCUUUACUCUGUCCGUGUCCAUGCUGCUCAGAUAUUCGCACCACCAGAUCUUCGUCUUCAUUGUUGACCUCCUUCAGAUGUUGGAGAUGAACAUGACCAUCGCCUUCCCGGCAGCCCCCCUGCUCACCGUCAUCCUCGCCCUCGUCGGUAUGGAGGCCAUCAUGUCAGAAUUUUUCAACGAUACCACGACGGCCUUUUACAUCAUCCUCAUCGUGUGGUUGGCCGAUCAAUACGACGCCAUCUGCUGUCACACCAACACCAGCAAACGCCACUGGCUGAGGUUCUUCUAUUUGUACCACUUUGCCUUCUACGCAUAUCAUUACCGCUUCAACGGCCAGUACAGCAGCCUGGCGCUCGUGACUUCCUGGCUCUUCAUCCAGCACUCCAUGAUCUACUUCUUCCACCACUACGAGCUGCCCGCCAUCUUGCAACAGAUCCGCAUCCAGGAGAUGCUCCUGCACAACCAGCAGGCGGGGCAGGCCGACCACACGGCGCUGCAGGACAGCCUCAACAACAACAACGCUGCCGGCGGACCUCCGCCGGAGCCCGCCAGAGCCGCCGCUCUCCAGCCGCAGCUCGAGAGUCCGCCGGUCGCUUCCGCCGGCGAGGUGCGCUCGGAGCUCAACUGGGUGGCUCAGACAGCCGCCGUCAUCACAGAAGCGCUGGCGUCCUCCGGCCAAGAGGAGGCGGCAAACGCCGACGGCGGCGAGCUGGCCGACUUCUGGGUGGGAGAAGGAGGGGCGGGCGGCGAGGGGGGAGGGGCUAGUGGAGAAAGAGAACCUUCGGUGGCGGCGGGAAGCGCCGUCACCCUAAUCUGCCCCCCCGCCCAAACAGACUGCAAAGCGCAGCAGCAGAGCUCCUCCCACAUGUCCUGAGGCGACGCGAUGUCGUCGUCCCCCAUCACACAAAGCGGAAGACAAUAGUCCAAAAUAAUCAAUUGGCUGCGCUGAAGAAGGCCUGAUUAAGCGCUUUCGGAAACAAGUCGCGUGACCUCGUCACGUGACCUCGUCACCUAUGUGUAAUCAUGACUUGACGUGCUUUUAGUUUGAAUAAAACACAAAGUUGUUGUUUGCCUUCUGAA